GUCUAUAAUUAUCAUUAAACAAGUCAUCACUACAUGAGAUAUCAUUACAAGACUCUCCAAUGUAUUAAAUUCAUUGCUACAAAAAGUACCAAAUAGUAGAAUCAAAUAAUUGUUUUGUUUUGCAAUACAAUAGCAAAUAUUGUGAUUGUUUUGUCAAUUGAGUGACAGUUUAUACUUUAAAGUCAACAAUCAAUUGAAUAAUUGCAAAGAAAUGUGUUUCAAAUAUUAAUGUUGUCAUCAAUUGGUUAAGUAUUGGCAUAACUGGUGAUACAAUACAUACAACAAUGGGAUCAAUAGUAUUGACCACUUUGUCUGUAUUUCUCGGUAUGUUCUUUGUGUUUAUGGGAUCAAUUAAAGUGAGCCAACAGGUCAACCGUGAAAUGCAUCGGGAAAUCCGCCGCCAGUUUGUCCAAUACGCUAAAGUGUUGCCAUUGGCCGCACAACUCGGCUUUAAAGUGUCGCCAAAAUAUUAUCGAUUAGUUAUCGGUUGGACUGAAUUAGUGGCCGGUUUGACGUUAGCUUUCAUACCGGGAAAACUAAAGUUGGUCUCCAAUGUCCUACUCGUUGGCAUCACAUUCGGCGGUAUUUAUACUCAUGUCAUGAUUGGCGACAGAUUUGAGCGAAUCGCUCCAUCGAUUGUCUUCACUUUAAUGCUUUGUUGUCGACUCAUUGUCUCAUAUCAAGUGAAAAGACGUGAAGUCAAUGAGGAGUUGAAUAUUAAAAAAUUGAAGACACAAUCACAGCCACAAUCGGUCAGCGAAGAGAACAAGAAAGAGAAAUAACUUAUAUAUGAUUUAG